AUGUUUAGCAAACGAGGUGUUGAAUAUCAAGGGAUGGACUGUUUGGACGAGUCCAACGCAAUGUAUAUGAAGUACAUGAACAUGCUGCAGGCUGAAAUACCAUGGGCUUCACAAACAAAAUACGCUGAGUAUACCGUCUACUUUGGUGUUGUAAUCAUAUUCGUUGCGUUGUUAAAACAAGUGUACUAUAGAAUUAGAGACUCCACUUACAACCCACAUUCAAAUUCUUCCAACCCCUUCACUUCCUUUGUUGAUGUGCUAGUGUCGUAUUGUCGAUACGUUGGAUACAAGCAAACACCACGGUAUUUGCAAUUCUUUGCCUCGUUCCCCAAAUCAGUUGGAUCAAGCUUGUUUAUGGCGUUGUCUACCUUAUACUUGGCUUGCUACUGCUUUGUGCCGCAUUACUGGUAUCGGGGUUGUGCAGGGUUCGGGUCGCCUCCAUUGGCAGUCAGAGCUGGGUUGAUGUCUACGGCAUUGGUGCCAUUUAUUUAUGUUCUUGCUGGGAAAUCGAAUGCAAUCACACUACUCACUGGGAUCAGUUAUGAAAAGUUGAAUGUGUUUCAUCAGUAUGUCGGUGUAGCUGGAUUUGUCUUGGGGGUUGUACAUACAAUUCCAUUCAUUUACCAACAAUUGCAAGAAGCGGGUGCUAGUGCAGUACACAAGAGUUUUGUCACUGAUUUGUAUUACAUUAGCGGAAUCCCCACAUUGAUACUCAUGGGUUUGUUAUGCACCUUGUCCAAAGCGUGGAUACGCAAACACUGUUAUGAAUUGUUUUUACACUUGCAUUGGAUCAUGGGCAUUGCAUUCUUUGCAUGUUUGAUUUGGCAUAUCCAAUUUGCAUUGGGCGCUCAAAACUACAUGUGGGGUGCAUUGGCAUUUUGGGGCUCACAAUUGAUUUAUAGAAUCCUUGUCAAGACGUGUUUUAAGCCUAGCUCAAUGUUUUUGAAGCUGAGAGUGGCCCAUUUGACAAAACUUGAUGAGGGAACUUAUGAGAUACAAAUUGAGAAUGUUAAGGGGUAUACUUGGACACCGGGUCAACACGUUUUCCUUAGAUUCAAAGGAUGGAGGCUUUUGGAUAGUCACCCAUUUUCAGUCUCGACGACUACUGAACAAGGUGCUGGAAUGAAGUUUAUCGUUGUGCCCAAAAGUGGAUUGACAAAGCACCACUUCAGAGAGUUGGAUCGUCAAAUUGAGCUUAAUAAGCAAGUAUAUAUUGAUGGACCAUAUGGAGGCACGUUCCGCGACGUGAGCAAAUUCGACAAGCUUGUGUUGGUUGCGUCAGGUAGCGGUGUAACUGCAACAAUUCCAUUCUUGCUGUAUAUUGCCCAGUUGCAUCAACUGAAAUCGCCAUUGAUGGAUAAUUUGAAAUGUGUCAAUUUUAUCUGGGUGGUUAGAUACCAAAAGAAUAUCAAAUGGAUUGAGGAUGAGUUGAUUAGGUGUCAAAAUAUCUUGGGUCGCAAACUUCAGUUGGAUAUCAGAGUGUGUGAUUACCUUUUGGAAAUGAAACCGGUGGGUCUUGAAAAGAAGAAGAAUGUUGUUGAUGAUGAUGACGAUGAUGAUGACGAAAAACACAUUGAGUCGGAACAAGAUGGUGCAAGCACCAAUUUACCAAUUACUUAUGGCAAGCCUGAUGUGCGUGCCAUCUUGACUUCAUUAACCAGUAGUUUUGCCAAGAGGAAUAUUGUCGUUUGUUCGGGAAGUCAUUCGAUGCAGCGUCAAGUAUCGCAGACUGUGUCUGAUCUUCAACCGUUGGUGUUCAAUAAUGAUUUAAGGAAUACAAAUGUUGAAGAGAUAUAUUUACAUACCGAGUGUUUUGGGUGGUGA